CUUCGGUCAAACGUUGCGUUACACUUCUGAAUAUGCCUAGCGUUACUAAUGAUUACCAACUAGGCAGUAUUUUCUGGGCAAAAGUUGGUUCACACCCUUGGUGGCCAUGCAUGAUAUACUACGCUCCUAAUGGGGAUGAUUAUGUUAGGGAGAAAGGUCGAUCACUCACAUAUCAUGUUCAAUUCCUUGGGCCCUUGGUGGAAAGAGCCUGGGUAUCUGCAGUCAAUCUUAUUCCAUUUGAGGGUAAGAAAGCUUUUGAUGAGUAUGUUGAAGAAAAGUUACGUACCUGCAAAGACAGAUCUGAAAGAGUCAAGUUUGACAGCAAGUCCGUUUCAAGUAGUCGUGAGUUCUGGACAGAGUCUUGGAAAGAAGCCGAAGAGGCAAUGAAACUUACACUUGAUGAAAGGAUUGAGAAGUUUGGUCGGAUCUCUGUCAAACUGAAAUCCAGAAGAUUUUACAAAGCUGAAGAAGGACAGACCUUGCAAGUGAUGAGUACUAUCCCUCUAACUGUGGAAGAAGAAGCUGAGUCGCUAGCUAAUUUUCUCAAGGAUGAAAUGGGCGUACGUAUCGAAAUUAAUCCUGAAUUGGAUAGAAAGUGCCUUGAAGAGGAAUUACGAACACUCUGGCCUACACUUGAUAUUCCCACAAAACGGAGAUACCUGCAGGACCAGCUUAGUAUAUUUAAUGACUCUUUACAACGUUUAGAAAAGACUCGUAAGUGUAAAGAAGUUGCAGCUAGUAAAGCCCAGGAAUCUGCCGCAAAGUCUGCAGAAAAUCGAAAUUCCAAUAGGUCUAGCAAAAAAUCUGAAGUGAAAAAACGCCAACAACAACAAACAUCAGAACCACAAGAAUUUGAUGUUGAAAUCCACCGGUUAAUUGUCUCACCGGCACAGUAUCGUUUACAACCAGUUUGUCCUGUAUGUGAAGUAUACUCUGUUAUACCAGGUGAAAUGUUACAGUGUCGUGGUCCAUGCGGUAGAAUUGUACAUAUAAAAUGUAUGAAGUAUAAAAGUCCACCUCCAUCAGACAAUAAUCGUCCUGAGAGAUUUCGUUGCCCACAAUGUCUUAGUGGUGAAUUCUUGUGUUCAAUAUGCGGUAAACCAGAUGAAACAGGGACUAAGGAUGGUGUCGGUCAGCUGUAUGCGUGUCAGGUUGUUAAUUGUGGUAGACAUUUUCAUCGUGAAUGCUUAUCUGGAUGGCCUGGUGCAAUGACAAGACCAGAAUCUUCAUCUACACGACCAGGAGGUUUUCAAAUUCUUCGUUGUCCUGCUCAUACUUGUAACACGUGUUAUUUGGAGUCGAAUGAAACUAAUCAUCAUAAAACAACAAAAAGAUCAACUUCUAAUGAAGGACCAUUUUUAGAAUGUGUUCGAUGUCCAGCAGUAUUUCAUACCGGUGAUUUGUGUACACCAGCUGGUUCAGUUGAAGUUUCGCUAUCGCAUAUUGUCUGUCCUAGACACUUUGAUGACUCUCUGCAAUCGUUACCAAAUUUUAAAACGCAACAUCCGAAUUGGUGUUUCCAUUGUUUCCGCCCAUCAGGAGAACGUAUUGACUGUCACUACUGUCCAACUACCUAUCACAAAGAUUGUCUGCAGCCUUCAUUUGGAACUUUCACUGAUGACAAAUUUGUGUGUCGAUCUUGUCGACAAGGUGUAUUCCCAAGAUAUGCUCAAAUUAUUUGGGCAAAAAUAGCACGUUUUCGUUGGUGGCCAUGUGAAAUAAUCCACGCACGAAAUGCUCCUAUCAAUAUCUUAAAUAUGUCACAUCCAGAAGGUUCCUUUCCAGUGCAUUUUCUUGCCUCUGAAGAAUAUCAAUGGCUUAAUCGUGGUCGUGUAUUCCCCUAUGAAAUUGGCUUACAAACUCCAGCGGCUAAAGAUACGCAUUCUUCAAAUAAAAUUGAAGCAGCUUUUUCACGAUCAUUACAUCGUGCACCGAAAGCGCAUGCAAUCUAUGUGAAUCAUGUCCUACGUCGUGGUCUCCCACUGAAUUCAAUGCAUGCUGAACAAUUACCCGAGAAUGAAUUACUCCCCUUAGAUGCAUUCAAUAUGCAUUCAAAAAUCAGUUCGAAAGGAAAUACAAAAGAAGAAGAUAAUCAAUUAGCAACUGUUCUAAAGAGUAUUACACUAAUUAAAAGUAAUAUUUAUUCUGAUGAAUGUUUAUUGAAGCUUGAAGAUAUAAAAACAGUGUAUGAAUCACUUACUGUAUGCUCGUGUAAAUCUUCUACCCUGGGUAAUGGAGAUGGUGAUGAUGAUGACAAUUUAAACAACAAUGUUUUAUGCUCAACUAGUCAUCAAUGUCAUCAUUUCUUGAAUAAAUAUGAAUGUACAUCAAAGAUUUGUUCAUUUCCAGAGAAUGUAAAUUGUGGUAAUCGACGAUUUGCCCUACUGCAUUCAAUGACUACCGAUCGACAUAAGAAUAUAUUUAGCGUUAUGCGUACUGUUAAUCGUGGAUAUGGUUUAAAGUCUUCAAUGUCAUUUAAAAAAGGUGAUUUAGUUAUCGAGUAUACCGGUGAAGUCAUUGAUGUAUCAGAAGCGAAUCGUCGAAUUUUAGACGCUCUCGGUGGACACAACGCCUUGUCCAGUAUAACUUCAUCACGUAAAGAUUUUCAUCCAGUCAGUGAAACUUACCUAGCACGGCUUAGUCCACGUAUGGAUUUAAUUAUAGACGCUAAAAAUCAAGGCAGUUUGAGCAGAUUUAUUAAUCAUGCAUGUGAACCAAAUUUACAUGCUGAAUGUUGGAUAGUUGAUGGACAUCCACGACUUGGACUUUUCGCCAAUCGAUCUAUCAAAGCUAAUGAAGAGUUGACAAUCAAUUAUAUUACUAAUCAAUUCCUGUCAACUGGUCUAAUGGCUUUCACUAGUUUAUGUUUAUGCGGUGCAGACACUUGUGUCAGUACACCGCGUUUACCAACUUCAUUUAAAUUAUCCAGUGAAGAAACAGUCAAUCAUGAUGAUGAUAAUAAUGUCGGUGACAAUACUCUGACUGCUGCUGCUGUUGUUGUCCCACAAACACCCGUAUCACCGGAUAAAAGAAAAUCUAUCAAAAAAAUUGAUGAUGAUGAAGCAGAUUCUUCUUUUACUUCAACAAAAUAUGAUGAAGCAUCUUCACCAGCAGUACUGACAGGUACUCCACUCAUAUCAGCAGCUGUCUCAUUGUCUACACGUCGUUCACGUUCACGUACACAUGGUGGUAGUCGUCGUUAUCUAGCUCAAAUAAAACCGGCAGGUAUGGCUGCCUGUGUUGCUGCAACAUCUGUGAAUAGAAAGAAUGCUGAUGAACAAAGUUAUCUGGUUGGUCUUGGUCCACCACUUUCUGAAGAUUUUUGUUACAGAUGUGGAGAUGGUGGCCAGUUAGUAUUAUGCGAUAAAUCCAACUGCUCAAAAGCUUAUCAUGUACGCUGUCUUGGUUUAUCCAUUCCACCAUUAGGUAUAUGGUAUUGUCCAUGGCAUUAUUGUGAUGUCUGCGGUAAACCAUCAACACAUUUAUGCUGGCGUUGUCCUAAUUCAUAUUGUUUAAAACAUGCCAGUGAAAAUUGUAUCCAAGUUGAUAGUAUUGAUAGGGAACUUUGGAACUCAGUGAUGAAAGAUAAUUCAUUAGUAUUCAAUGUCCGUUGGAUAUGCUCAGAUCAUAAUGGUAUGCAGAUUAAUGGUCCACAGCAUAGACCAGUAUUGAUUUCGGCAACUGCACAUACUAUUACUACUAGUACUACUACUAUUUUUAGUAGUAAUACAAAUGGGGAUAGUAAUAGUGGUGUUGUUGAUGAUAGUGAUAUAAAAUUGAAAACGAAAAAAAGUGAAAUAACUGAAGACACCGUUACUCCUGCCACUGAUGAUGGUAAUAGUAAUAAUAACAGUAAUAGUCAACUGCAACAACAUAAUGGUGAUAGAAAUCCCAACGACGAUGGCGACGACUCCACUCCUCCACUAACUUGUCCUAUUAUCAACAACCAUAAUAAUAAUAAAAAGGAAGAAGAAGAAGCUGACGAGGGGGAGGAGGAAGACAGAGACGAUGACGACGAAGGAAUGGGAGGAGAAGAAGAAGAAGAAGGCGGAGCAGGCGAAGAAGGAGAAGUAGAUGAAAACACAGAGCCUACAACACCGAGUUAUGCUUAUUCCAAAGAUAUGAGUAAUUCUGCAAUGACAACAUUUGAUGAUUCAUUUGCUGCUACAGUGACGGCUACAAAUACUUCAUCGUCGUCGUCGUCGUCUUCUGAUGAAGACGAUAGUGAUGAUCACAAUCAGAAUCAGAAUGUUAAUAAUCAUAAAGUAGAGUUGACACCAUGUGAACCACUUAAAGUUGAAGUGAAGUGUGAAAUAAAGCCUGAAUUAUUAACCACACCAGAAGUAACAGCGACAAUAACAACACCAACAACAAUAGGUGAAGAGAAUACUUCAACCCCUAAUAUUGUACCUUAUGAUGAUGAUGAUGAUAGUGAUGAUGCUGUUGACGACGAUGUUGAUGGAGAUGAUCAAGCGCCCAACAUUACAUUUGAUACGCAUACUUCUCCUCCAUCGCCUACUACUACUGAUACUCCUACUCCUAUGAUUGCUGCUACCCCUGAUAAUAUAAACACCAGUGAUACUAAUAUAAACGAGAAUACUAAUGACGAUGAAGGUGUGGCCAGUCGUAAACGUCCAUCUGGCGAUAGUAGUCCUUCUCUGCCGGAUACAAAGAAAACACGAUUAGUAGUAAAAGAGGAGGAGAUUCCUGAAGAAGAACACUAAAAAUCAUAAGAAUAAUAAUAAUGAUAAUAACAGCGACGAUUGCAUUUAUAAUAGCAAGAACUUUGUGAAUGUGAAUACCCUUUCUUGAGCGAGAGAGACACAGAGAGAAACCCACCGAAUUUAAAUAAAUCCUAUCCAUAUAUAUAUUUUUUAAAUGUUUAUAAUUUCCGUUUUGUUUUGUUUUUUCGCUUGUUUUGAUUGUUCAAUGUUGAAGUGAUUUAGAUUACUAUUAUUAUUAUGAUUAUUACUGUUUUUGGUGGUGAUGUUCACAAACAACGUUUCUAUCUAUCUAUGCAUGUAUCUGUUAUCAUAGUGAUUGAUAACUCUUACGUUCUCUCUCUCCAUUUCCACAUUGAAUCUGCUUUGUGAGGUUUCUUUUUCUAUAUAUAUAUAUUAUACGUAUAAAAGGAAGGUAUCUUCCGUAUUGUAUACAUUGUGUAUAAUUUUUUUGUUUGUUUUGUGACACAGAAAAAGAAUAAGCAUUUGUCUAAUUUCUUGUUUUUGGGUACAUAUAUUUUUUUUGCAUAAUAAUACUACUACUAAUGAUAAUAAUAAAAACAGGA